AUGGAGGAAGGCGAAUCCAGUGAAAAGGAAAGCCAAAACCAAAGAAAGUAUGGUAAUCCACCCCUAGAUAAAUCGCCUCACGAGCAAGGGAUGAUACUCAAGAUGCAAAACCAGAUCGAAGGAUUAAUGAAGCAUGUCAAAGCACAAACCCCUGCCACGGUAGAGGAGUUGGUGCAAAACACGGAUUCACCUUUCACUCCUGAAGUUAUGAGACGCCCUCUCCCAAGGAAGUUUAAGAUGCCCCAAUUGGAAAUAUUCAAUGGUUCUACAGACCCGUUGGAUCAUCUUGAGACAUAUAAGUCCUUGAUGCACUUACAAGCAGUGCCAGAUGAGGUAAUGUGUCGGGCAUUCCCAGUUACCCUUAAGGGAAGUGCCCGAGCAUGGUUCAACAAACUCCCACCAGGAAGUAUACGUAGCUUCAAAGAGCUUAGCACAAGCUUUGUAAGUUACUUCAUUGCUGGUCAACGCUACGGCAAACCAGCAACGCAUCUCCUGACAGUAAAACAAGGGAGAUGGGAAUCAUUAAGAGAAUACACUACAAGGUUUAAUAAAGAGGUGGUCCAAAUAGAUGAAGCUGAUGACAACGUGAGCAUAACUGCGUAUAUUGCUGGGUUGUAUUCAGAGCAGUUCCUAUAUCUUGUGUCUCAAGAGCCACCAAAAACCAUGGCAGAGCUCAUGCUCAGAGCUCAAAAGCACAUGAACGCAGAAAAGACUGUCUAUGCAAGACGAGCACGUGAUGCAAACUACCUCACACGAAGAGUAUUGAUCGACAGCGGAAGUUCAGCCGAUAUACUCUACCUUCAUGCAUAUAACCAGUUAAAGGUCGGACGAGAAAGGCUAAGGCUUAUGGUGUCACCACUAGUUGGAUUUGCAGGUACACCUAUUUACCCAGCUGGUCAGAUAGCACUACCAAUUACUAUGGGAGAAGAGAAAAGUCAGAUUACGCAUAUGAUUGAUUUCAUAGUAGUCAACUAUCCCUCAGCAUAUAAUGCAAUCCUAGGAAUGACGACUUUGAACAAGAUCGGGGCAAUAAUCUCCACUUACCAUUUGAUGAUAAAAUUCCCAACAUCAGAAGGAGUUGUCUGUAUCAGAGGAGAACAGAAAGCAGCACGAGAAUGCUACGUUACUUCACUCAGAGGAGCUAACAUUGCCAUGAAUAUAGAGUGUCUCGACACUCGAGAUGAAGAGAAACUCCAACAUGGAGAACCCGUGGAAGAGCUUAUAGAAGAACUCCUGGAGCCACGGCAAUCAGGAAAGACAGUAAGGAUUGGAACAGGAUUGAGUACGACUGCAAAAUCAGAGCUGUUACAAUUCCUAAGAAAAAAUAAAGACGUUUUUGCAUGGUCCCAUGAAGACAUCCCCGAAAUUGACCCAAGGGUCGUAUCUCACAAGCUGAAUGUCGACCCCAUUGUACGUCCAGUUAAGCAGAAGAAAAGAGCCAUUGCUCCAGAACGAAAUGAGGCGGCAGCUAAGGAGGUAGAUAAGCUCAUUCAAGCGGAGUCCAUCCGUGAAGUUCUUUACCCCGAUUGGUUGGCCAACGUGGUCAUGGUGAAGAAAUCUAAUGGCAAAUGGAGAAUGUGUGUAGAUUUCACCGACCUCAAUAAAGCGUGUCCAAAGGAUAGCUUUCCCCUCCCCAGAAUUGACUCUUUGGUAGAUUCCACUGCCGGACAUGAGCUUUUUAGCUUUAUAGAUGCAUUUUCAGGAUAUAAUCAAAUCCAAAUGCACGAAGGAGAUCAAGAAAAAACCUCAUUUAUCACCGAUAGGGGAUUAUAUUGUUACAAAGUAUUGCCCUUCGGUCUUAAGAAUGCAGGGGCGACAUACCAGGGGUUGGUCAACAGAAUGUUUAAACAACAAAUCGGACGCAAUGUAGAAGUAUAUGUAGAUGACAUGCUGGUUAAAAGUGCUAAGGCACAUAACCAUGUUGAUGAUCUAGAAGAAACCUUCCAGGUUCUCAGAAAAUACCGAAUGAAGCUCAACUCAACAAAAUGUGCUUUUGGAAUCUCCUCAGGAAAAUUCUUAGGUUUCAUGGUGUCUCAAAGAGGGAUCGAGGCAAAUCCAGAAAAGAUUCAGGCUAUACUCGCCAUGCGUUCACCGCGGAAUAUAAAGGAGGUCCAAAAGCUCACAGGACGAGUUGCAGCUUUGAGCAGGCUUAUUUCACGAGCAACUGACAAAUAUCAAACAUUCUUCAAGGUUUUGAAAAAGGCCUUUGAAUGGACAACCACAGAGGAAAUAGCUUUCACCCAGCUAAAGGAGUAUUUGGCAUCACCACCACUGCUGGGUAGGACUCAGGAUGGAGAGAAUCUAUUCAUGUACUUAGCUGUCUCCCCUCAAGCCGUCAGCACGGUUUUGGUUCGGGAAGAGCAGGGAACCCAACUCCCAGUAUACUAUACCAGCAGGGCAUUACGAGGAGCUGAGUUAAGAUACCCCAGAGCUGAAAAAAUAGCCUUUGCAAUGGUAAUAACAGCCAGAAGGCUACGGCCAUACUUCCAAGCUCAUCCAAUCAAAGUGUUAACAGACCAACCACUUCGAAGAAUUCUCCACUCACCGGAGACGUCAGGCCGACUAAUUCAAUGGUCAAUAGAGCUUGGCGAAUUUGAUAUAGAAUAUAAACCUCGAAUUGCCAUCAUGGCACAGGUAUUGGCAGAUUUCCUUGCAGAAUACACAUAUCCAGAGCCGGAGGAGCUCCCUAGAGAAGAACCCAAACCUUGGGUCCUUCAGGUCGAUGGAUCAACGACUAAAGAUGCAAGCGGAGCAGGCUUAAUUCUAACAUCCCCGAAAGGACAACGGCUUAGCUACGCGCUUAGGUUUGAGUUCAAAACGACCAACAAUGAAGCCGAAUACGAAGCCCUAGUGGUUGGAUUGGAGCUGGCUAGUGCCAUUAGAGCUAGCCAUGCGUUGGCCAAAAGUGAUUCACAACUGGUUGUGGGACAAGUCCUCGGGGAAUACACCGUCAAGGAAGAGAUCAUGCAAAAGUAUGUGGAUAAAGUAAAAGCCCAAGUUGCGAAAUUGCAAAGCUUCAAUAUUGUUAGAAUCCCAAGGGAGGAAAACAAUGAAGCAGAUUAUUUGGCAAAGCUGGCCACGGCUAAGGAGGACGCUAUUCCAUGGAAUACACCUAUAAGAUACUUAGAGUUGCCAAGUAUAGUCUCCCCAGAUAUACAAGUUCAAGCCAUCAAUUGCAGUGACUCAUGGACUGGUCCCAUAGUUGACUAUAUAACUAAGGGGACACUACCAGGGGAUAAGGUCAAAGCCAGAUAG